UCUAUAGGCUACAGCCCAAGUAGAAGGAAAAAAAUCUAACUAAAAGCUUUUCCGGUCUGCUAGCCUUAAUUUCCUCUCAAGACGUCUCGCGCUCGCGCAGAGAGGAGAGAAGGACGCACACAGGCAGACUGACAGACCCACGGUUGGAGUUAUGCACCGGCGGUCACCGAGAAGACUAAUCUUCACUCUUAUCUUGUACCGAAGGAGAGGGUUUCUUUAGGAGGGCCAUGAACCGCUGAGCAGUGCUUGUCUGCGGCCUGUGCCGGGAAAUGUGUCUGCCGUGGGUGUGAGGAAGAGCGGAAUGGUCUGCCUGGACGGAACGCACUGGUCUCGCACGGCCGCUCCGGACUCCGGUAUCCACGCGCUCCCGACUGCGCCAACCGAGCGCCUCUCGGUCCCUAGCGGUGUGAUUUGUUUCACAGACCUCCUCAAAAACAUUGAGCAGCCCAAUUGUAUUUUAUCGGUUACAUAACUGAAACUGAAUGCAUGUGUCGCUCCCGUAACCCGGACUGAUUCUCAGGCGGGGAGGUAGAGGUGUGUGUGGCACUGUGUCUGUGUGUGUGUGCGCGCCUGUGCUGGAGCCAGGGGCAUGGCUGUCUGUCUGUAACCGACCUACCCGCCGAGUGGACCGGACCGGACUGGACUGGUUGUACUAGUGCAUUAAUUAACCACGGGCCAGCCCAACGUUAACCCUGGGUGGAAACCCGAGUCCAACGGGCAAUGAGGGGAACAGCUUUGCCUCUCUCUUUUUUUCUCUCUCCGGCCCCGGGUCUGAUCUUUUUGGGUUUCUGCCAGAAGCAUCUGGAAAGGAUAACACGGGGAUCCAUUCACUCCACCAGAAAGAAGACUGGAGAAUAAAUCACAUCCUGGAUGGAGGAGCAUCCCAACUUCUGGAAAUGAUGGAUACAGUUGUCUCUGAUUCCAGCGUCAUGCUCAUGGGAUAGCCUUCUGUUCAUUUUAGAGGUGGAAAUUAUUGGAUGGAAAACUGGGUUUUAUUCUUUAUAAUAAUAACCUACAACUGGAAGUGUUUGUUGUUAAGUUAUUACACUGUUAUUAAUGACUUCCAUUGUUGUUUAGUUAUUACUGUUAUUAAUGACUUCCAUUGUGCCAUUGGAUAGGCAAUGACCUAUAUACCCCUGGCCAUCAAUGCAUGUAACUAAGGAUAACUGGGUAACUGUGGCCCUUACCCUCCAUCGAUUUUAGACCGAGUUGAAGGAAUACAACCUAACUUUGAAACCACAACAAGUUUAAAUCACUAAGCAUCUGUGACAUGUCCUUGUAUCCAGGCAAAGGAAUGUAACUGUAACUUCAAAACAAUACAUUGAAACAACACAUGCAGUGAAGAUGUGUGCUGCCAGGUUUAGUAGCAGCAAUAGUGUCAAUGGCUGUGGGGGGGUUGGGGACCGGGAUGAGACCACCACUAAUGGCCCCGGUACAGGCCCGGGCACCGCAUCCCGCAUGCUGGACUGGUCCGAGGCGGGCACCCGCAUUCUCCACAGCCUGGAGAUUGGAACGGUCAUGACUGUGUUCUACCAGAAGAAGUCCCAACGACCGGAGAGGAGGACCUUCCAGAUACGACAGGACACUAGACAGAUAGUGUGGAGCCGCAACCCUGACAAGAUAGAGGGAGAGAUUGACAUCAGGGAGAUCAGAGAGCUGCGGUUGGGUAAAGGCUCCCGGGACUUUGAGCGUUAUCCAGAGGAGGCUCGUAAAUUAGACUCCACCCACUGCUUCAUCGUGCUCUACGGACUGGAGUUCCGUCUCAAAACACUCAGCGUGGCUGCCUUUAGUGAGGAGGAGGUCAAUAUGUGGAUCACUGGACUCAACUGGCUGAUGAUGGAUACUCAGAGAGCCUCAGCACCACAACAGAUAGACAGGUGGCUGAGGAGACAGUUUGAGGUGAUGGACAGGAAUCGGGAGGGAAGUAUCACAGUAAAGGAUGUGAAGGCCCUGUUACCUCAGAUCAACUACAGAGUCCCCAACAUGCGCUUCCUCAAAGACAAGCUACAGGAAGUGGAAGCCAGGUGUGAUCUCUCCUUCCCUCACUUUUCUCAGCUCUACAGAACAUUGAUGUUCGACGCACAGAGGAGUAUCAUUGAGCAGCUGGAGCUCUCCUUCCCCCUCCGGAACGUGGACAGACCAGAGCUGUGUCAGAUCUCUUUGUACGACUUCCAGAAGUUUCUACAGCUGGAUCAGAAGGAGUCAUGGGCGUCGGACAUGAGCCGCGUCAGAGAGUUCCUAAUGGGCUACCUGAGGGGUGGAGCACAGACCGAACCUAUGCUACAGCUAGAUGAGUUCCUGACGUUCCUGUACUCCAAGGAGAACUCAUUGUGUGACCCUCGACCUGCUGCUGUUGUCUCUGACGACAUGAAGAGACCCCUGUCUCAGUACUGGAUCUCCUCAUCACACAACACGUAUCUGACAGGUGAUCAGUUCUCCAGUGAGUCAUCUCUAGAGGCCUACGCUCGCUGCCUAAGGAUGGGCUGUCGCUGCAUAGAACUUGAUUGCUGGGAUGGGCCCGAUGACCUGCCAAUCAUCUACCAUGGCCACACCCUCACCUCCAAGAUCAAAUUCCUGGACGUGCUGCACACCAUCAAAGAGCAUGCCUUUGUCACGUCAGAGUACCCAGUGAUCCUGUCCAUAGAGGACCACUGUAGUGUGGUCCAACAAAGGAACAUGGCUACUCACUUUAAGAAGGUGUUUGGGGAUCUGCUGCUGACCAAACCAGUGGAUCUGAAUGCAGAUGAGCUGCCAUCGCCCUACCAGCUACGCAGGAAGAUACUCAUCAAGCAUAAGAAACUAGUGGAGGGCACUCUGUAUGAAGAGGUGACGUCAGCCAGCUACUCUGAGAGUGACAUCAGUAACUCCCUCAGGAAUGGCAUUCUCUACCUGGAAGACCCCAUAGACCACACGUGGACUCCCCACUACUUUGUUCUGAGCAGUAAUAAGAUCUACUACUCAGAGGAGACCUCUCACUACCAGACUGCCGAGGAAGAGGAGGAGGAGGAGAUGGAAGAGGAGGGGGGGAAAGAGGAGUGUAACAACAAUGAGCAACACUGUGCGGAGCGCUGGUUCCAUGGGAAGCUGGGAGGGGGGCGGGAUGGGAGGCAGGUUGCCGAGAAACUGCUGCAGGAGUACUGUGAGGGCGGGGGCAAGGAUGGGACCUUCCUGGUUCGAGAGAGUGAGACCUUCGUAGGAGACUACACUCUCUCCUUCUGGCGAUCUGGGCGUGUGCAGCACUGUAGGAUCCACUCCCGCCAGGAGUCUGGCUCCACCCGCUACUACCUGACUGACAACUUGGUGUUUGACAGCCUGUAUAGACUCAUCUGCCACUACAGAGACACUCCCCUACGCUGCAACGAGUUUGAGAUGAGGCUGGGCAGCCCUGUACCACAGCCCAAUGCACACGAGAGCAGAGAGUGGUUCCACUCCAGUCUGUCUCGUGUCCAGGCUGAACACAUGUUGAUGAGGGUACCCAGAGACGGAGCCUACCUGCUCCGCAAACGCAGCGACAUCAACUCCUAUGCUAUCUCCUUCAGGGCGGAGGGUAAGAUCAAACACUGUCGUAUCCAGCAGGAGGGACGAAUGUUCAUGUUGGGUAGCUCAGCAGAGUUUGAGAGUCUGGUUGACCUGGUCAGCUACUAUGAGAAACACCCCCUGUACCGCAAGAUGAGGCUGCGCUACCCCAUCAACGAAGACACACUGGACCGCAUGGGCACCACGGAGCUAGACUAUGGAGCGUUGUAUGAAGUCAGGACCCCACAUUUCUACGUCGAGGCCAACAAGAUGCCCACGGCUCGGUGUACGGUCAAGGCCCUGUAUGACUACAGAGCCCAGAGGGAAGACGAGCUGUGUUUCCCCAAACAGGCCCUCAUCCUAAGUGUGGACAAGCAGGAAGGAGGCUGGUGGCGAGGUGAUUACGGAGGGAAGAAGCAGCUGUGGUUUCCUGCCAACUACGUAGAAGAAGUCCCCAACUCACCCGCCCGCGAGACAGGAGAUGAGGCAUCUACAGAGAACAGUCCACUAGGAACAUUCCUCAAGGGCUUCAUUGAUGUGCCCACCUGCCACGUAGUGGUUCAGAAGGAUGGGAAGAGUUCCAGGCCAUAUGUGUUCACCAUCCACUCCCAGCAGAUGUCAAUUCACCCUGGCCAGGCGCUGGACAUUGCUUCAGACACCCUGGAGGACCUGACCGGUUGGGUGGGGAAGAUCAGAGAGGCCACACAGAACGCAGACGCACGGAUGCAGGAAGAGAAGCAGAUGGAGAGGAGGAAGAAGAUCGCUCUGGAGCUCUCUGAGUUGGUGGUCUACUGUAGACCUGUCCCCUUCAACGAAGAGAAGAUCGGGACAGAGCGGACAUGUUUCCGGGAUAUGUCAUCAUUCCCUGAGACCAAGGCAGAGAAGUUUGCCACGCGUGCAAGAGGGAAACGCUUCCUGCAGUAUAACCGCCGCCAGCUCUCCCGGGUCUACCCCCGAGGACAGAGACUAGACUCCUCUAACUACGACCCUUUACCCAUGUGGCUCUGUGGAUCCCAGCUGGUCGCUCUCAACUUCCAGACACCUGACAAGCCCAUGCAGUUGAACCAGGCUCUGUUCAUGCUGGGUGGGGGGAGUGGCUUCGUGCCCCAGCCUGACAUCAUGAGGGAUGACACCUUUGACCCCUUCGACAAGGACACCCUCCGCCUGGAGCCAAUCACCAUCCAGCUACAGGUACUGGGAGCUCGUCACCUCCCUAAGAAUGGCCGCAGUAUAGUGUGUCCCUUUGUAGAGGUUGAGGUGUGUGGGGCCGACUACGACUGCAGCAAGAGCAAGACCGACGUUGUGGCUGACAAUGGGUUGAACCCAGUGUGGGUUCAGAGGCAGUUUGUGUUUGACGUCCAUAACCCGUCCUUCUCCUUUCUGCGCUUCUUGGUCUAUGAGGAGGACAUGUUCUCUGACCCCAACUUCCUGGCUCAGGCCAUCUACCCUGUCCGCUCACUAAGAACAGGCUACAGGAGUGUUCCACUGAAGAACAGUUACAGUGAAGAGUUGGAGCUGGCUUCUCUGCUGGUUCACAUUGAGAUUGUCAACGCCAAGGAGGAAGAUGAUGAGAACCUGUACUCGUCCAUCCAAAGGCUGAGAGACCGCACCAGUGAGCUGUCCAAUCAGGUGUCAGUUCUGGAGAGAGCGGGGUCAGGAGGUGACCACAGCUACCAGCAGAGUCUGGAGGAGCUGAGAGCAGCACAAGAUCAGCUCAGUGAGCUAGUGGAGACACGCAACCACAGGCUGAUUGAGAAGAAGAAGAGGGAGAAGCUGAGGCAGCAGGUGGGGGCUAAGCGCAACUAAAAUGCCCAUCUGACCAGUCUUGAGUUAGUUAUAAAAAUCUUUGGACUGGGCAGUACAGGACCACCAACCAACCAGUUCCCCUCCAUUGCUGCACAUGAUGAUCUUACACCCAUGGAAAGACUAUUCAAUCUACCAAUAACUGGAUUAACCGUGCUAUAAGCUACACAAAGAUGCACAGUGUGGUGGAUAAAAAGAGACAAAAAGCAACACUCAAAUCAUGUCAUCUCAUGGAACAAAAACAUUUAGAAGUCUAACCUUGAAUGAGAAAACAGUUAAGGACUUUUUGUAAAAAAAAAAAAAAAGGGUUAUAAAAUAAUUCAGUGUUGUUCUGAACAGUGAUGUCAGAUAAAGCAACUGGACUGAACUGAGAAUAGCGGUGCUCUGAUCUAUAAGGGAAAUACACAGAGGUUGUCUCCCAAAUGGCACCCUAUUCCCUAUAUAGUGCACUACUUUUGACCAGUGCCCAUAGGGGUGUGGUCAAAAGUAGUGCACUACUGUAUAUAGGGAAUAAAGUGCCAUUUGGGCCAUGCCCAGAGUAGGAGCACAGGAAGCAUAAAGGGAAUAACAAGAAUCUGUUUGUUGUGCCUUGAUAUGAGAUACAAAUGGUGCAUCCCAAUUGGCACCCUAUUCACCAUAGGGCUCUGGUCAAAAGCAGUGCACCAAAUAGGGAAUAGGGAUUGCCAUUUGGGAUGCGCCCAUAGCCUCUUCUAAGAGAGUAAGGUAGUGUGUCAGAGAGUCAACCGUUAGUAUAGGUCUAACCCUGACUCAAAAUCUCUCCAUGCUAGAACUGGUCUCACAACUGAAAACUGGAAUAAUAUUAUUUUAUUGGCCACAGAGGAGCUAUGGGAGCGAGAAUCUACUAUUUUGGCCAUGGCACAAAAAGGCUAAAGAGAGAAAAUGGGAACCACUACUCAUGGACUGGCUUUUAAAGGGCUUUUAAAUGGGAACAGGACCAAGUCUAUUCAUCAAAGACUAAAGUCUACUUCUCCUCUCCUGGGGCAGCAGACUGACUAACAGCAGGGACUGGAGUCUAAUGCCCUCUAGUGGUGGGGAUUUGGUAUUGUUUCCAAAAAUAGACCCCUCUUCUUUUACCUGGGAGAGCACAAACAGGACUUUUAUUACUGUGUUCAAUAGAGACUUACUAACACUGCAUAUCAUAUUGUCAUGUAUUACUUAAAGGGCUUUUCAGUAUACUAUAAUACACUAUAAUAUACUAUAAUAUAAUAUACUACCUUUUAAGGAGCAAGAGGAGAAGCAGAGCAGGGGAGAGAGAGAGGGGGAGAGAGAGAGAGAGAGUACCAGAAAGAUAAGUGAUCUCUCACCACAGGACUCUGUCUGUCUUGGACCUAUAUGUGUGCUUCAGGUAUGUGUUUACCUGGCUAUGCUGAUUGGAUCAGAGAAACAUGGGGUGCGUCCCAAAUGGCACCCUAUUCUCUAUAUAGUGCACACCUUUUGACCAUAGCCUAAUCAAAAGUAGUGCUAGGGAAUAGGGUGCCAUUUGGGAUGCAACCAUGGCAAACAAGGGCUAUCUAUAACUGCGAGGAACUACUAAUAAACCUCUUUUACCUUACUGCAACUUGUCACAUUUACAGAUCCUACCCACCAAGUUGUUCUUAAAGGAAAAAUCCACUCAAAAACUAUACUGAAAAAAAAAUAAAAGCAACAUGCAACAAUUUCAAAGAUUUU